AUGUCGGACAAUCCGGAGAGCAGCAAGACUCAACCUGAAGAAGAUAUCAUCGAUCCAUUGUUCCAGAAGGAUUUCUUGUCACAGUUGCCACAGGAGGUUGCAUCUCGCAUCAUCGUCUAUUUGACACCGUGCGAUUUGACGGUUUGUGCUGGCGUUUCUCGGACGUGGCAGCGAAUUUGUGAAGAUGAUCGGACCUGGCGACAGAAAUGUUUGGAGAAAGGAUAUGUGAAAUUUGAUGCGCCAAGUUUUCGUUUUCUCGGAAGCUGGGCGACGAAUCGAGCAAAUGAGCAAGUGGGAAUCAAAAUCUUCUCACAUAUGAACCUCCAAGAAGCACAUCAGAAUCGACGAGAACGCGAGAUCACUUAUGGACAGUGUUAUGAGCGAUCGCCAUGGAAGUCACUGUACUUGCGGAAGAAGCGGAUCAUUUCCAAUUGGCUUUCCCGAGCGAUUCAAUCAAGCACUGUUCUUAAGGGCCGUGGCGAUGAACAUAUCAGUUGUCUACAAAUUCACUCUGGUCAUAUCAUAGCUGGGUAUCAUAGUAAGACGUUGUGGGUCUGGAAUGUUGAUGAUGCUGAACCGGCUUUCACUCUAACUGGCCAUAUCGGUAUGUUUUGGACGUCUCAAAUGAGUGAUGAUGGCAAAUACAUUGUCGGUGGCGCGAAUGAUGGAAUGGUGCGCGUUUGGUGUGGUCAAACCCGUGCACAGCGUCAUGUUCUGCAGGGGCAUACGAGUGAAGUGUACUGCAUGAGUCUACAUGGUACAACUCUUGUUUCUGGAUCUCACGAUCAAACGCUCCGAGUCUGGGACAUCGUUGACGGGAAAUGCCUUCACAUUUUGACUGGCCACAUGGCGGAGGUUUGCUGUGUGCAAUUUGAUGGAAUUCGGGUUGUGUCUGGUGCUGAUGAUUUUACUGUAAAGGUUUGGAAUGUACACACGGGAGAGUGUUUGCACACGCUGACGGGUCACACGAAGCCAGUCUCGAAGCCACUUUUGUUUGAGCCUGAGCGCGAUCUUGUCGUGUCGGGUAGUCAUGACGGAACGCUUCGCGUCUGGGAUGUGCAAAGAGGAACAUGCAUCGCAAUUCUUCUCAGUCCUGGAAGGGGCUGGGGCUCUGGCAUGCAACUUCGCGGAAACAUUUUGGCCUGCUAUUACGACUCGGACAUUUUUGUUUGGGACAUUCGUGACGGUGGUUCGUGCAUUCAUCGCUUACAAGGCGUAAAUGGUCACACGUCGUACAUCACUUCAUCUCAAUUGCUCGAGUCGGGACUUUUGGUAACAGCUUCUUACGAUGGCUGGGUCAAGCUCUGGGAUGUGGAUAAAGGUACCUUUGUUCGUGACCUCUCUGGUCGUAUCGUUAUUGGUUAUCAUGAUAAUACGUUGCGGAUUUGGAAUGUUGAUGAUGCUCAACCUGUUUUCACUCUAACUGGCCAGAUGGGUGUUGUUAAGACGUCUCAAGUGAGCGAUGAUGGCAAAUACAUUGUCAGUGGCUUGAUUGAUCGAACCGUGCGCGUUUGGUGCGGUCAAACCGGUGUACAGCGGCAUGUUCUGCAGGGGCAUGCGAGUAUGGUUAACUGCAUAAGUCUACAUGGCACAACUCUUGUAUCUGGAUCGUACGACCAAACGCUCCGAGUCUGGGACAUUAUCGACGGGAAAUGCCUUCAGAUUUUGACUGGCGACUUGGGGAUGGUUCGCUGUGUGCAAUUUGAUGGAAUUCGGGUGGUGUCUGGUGCCUUGGAUGGUACUGUCAAGGUUUGGAAUGUGCAGACAGGGGAGUGUUUGCAGACGCUGACGGGUCACACGAGGCGAGUCGAUUCACUUUUGUUUGAGCCAGAGCGCGAUCUUGUCGUCUCGAGAAGUCUUGAUAAAACGAUUCGCGUCUGGGAUAUACGAGGAGGAACAUGCAUCGCAAUUCCUAUCAGUGGAGAAUCAGUCUAUCGCUAUCGCCACUAUGGCAUGCAACUUCGCGGAAACAGUUUGGUGGCCUGCUAUACCGGCUCGGACGUUGGGGUUUGGGACAUUCGUGACGGUGGUUCGUGCAUUCACGUCCAUUUACAAGGCGUAAAUGGUCACGCGUUGAACAUCACUUCAUUGCAACUGCUCGAUUCGGGACUUUUGAUAACAAGUUCUGAGGAUGGCUCGGUCAAGCUGUGGGAUGUGGAUAAAGGUAUCUUUGUUCGUGACCUCGUUCGUCUUCAGGCUGGCAGUUGGAUUUCGCAUCUCGAAGCGACCGAAACAUUUCUUUUAUGUGAAAUUGAAUCGGAACCGGGAAACAGAACCGAGAACACAGAGCUCAUCUUGAUCGAUUUUGACGCAUCGUAUCCA